AUGCGACGAAACGGCGAGAUCAAAUUAUGCGAUUUUGGCGCGAGUGGAAAACUGAUCGACUCGGUAGCCCACUCUUUUGUGGGGUCAAGGUCAUACAUGGCGCCGGAACGGAUUUCGGGCCAGUCGUACAACACUUCCUCCGAUGUUUGGAGUCUCGGUUUGACACUGAUCGAGUUGGCAACCGGACAUUAUCCCAUCCCAGCACUGGAGAAUGAAGCUGCCUACUUCACGGGCUUCUCCUCAGACCGCAACACAAACCUCCGUGAACACAUCACCGCUGCUCGGGAGGGGAAAAAACUUCCACCGGUAACAACUCCAGAACAGGCACCUCUGUCAAUCUUUGAAUUGCUGGUGUUGGUCGUCGGUCAGCCAUUGCCACGGUUACCCCGAACAUGCUUUACAGAUGACUUUAUCGACCUAGUCGCCUCGUGUCUGCGAACGGAGGCAACGGAGAGACCGACGUUGGAUGCUCUUCUACGACAUGCCUUCGUGACCACAGUGGCGGGUUUGUUGCCUGUCGGCGCAAACCGACGCAGUUCCAUUCGAUUCCGAUGUGAUCCUUCCACGACAGCUGCAACGGUGACGACCCAUGGAGGAGGGGGAGGUGGUGGAGGAGGAGGAGGAGGAAACAGUGGGGCUAGCUCGGCGCCUGGGGAUGGAAGUGGUGACUUCAAUAUGGACGACAUUGCUUUCUAUCUCUCACACAUCCUACCACCCCACGAUGGGAUCGGCUGA